AUGGCGGCAAUCAGGGGUUGCAUGUGCGUUUUUCUUUCCUUGAUAAACUGGAAGCUUUGUUUAGGAUUAUUCGAAGAUCAAGUUGGUCUCUUUGACUGGCGUCAAAGCUAUUUGGGCAAAGUGAAAUUUUCAUACUUUGAUGUUUCUACGCAGAGCAGUAAGCGAUUGUUUGUGGGCACGGAAUCUAAUGUUGUAGCAGCCUUAAAUUCAAGAACUGGUUCCAUUAUUUGGCGUCAGGUCUUGGAGGAAAGUGAAGGAGCUUUAGAUACGUUGCUUUAUCGGGAAAAUUUGCUUGUGAGUUCUUCAAGUAACGGAAAAUAUUUGCGAUCGUGGGACACCAGCAACGGAGCACUUUUGUGGGAAUCGCUUGCUAGAUCAGCAUCUUCGGUCAAAGAAGUAACUUCACCCUUUCAUGGAUGGAGCGGUCUAAGAACAGCUUUGGUAGAAGAUAAAGAGAACGACUUGGCUAUUUCACUGGCUUUCAAUAUGGUGAAAGCAUUCUCACUCCAAGAUGGCUCAGUAAAAUGGUCACAUGAUAGUAGCGGACAAACAGCUGACUAUUUCAAUUUUCAGCAUUCCAGUGGGCAUCUGUACCUCAUAGGGAUUCAAAAUGAUGUGGAUAUUGUAAUUAAAAAGUUAAGUGUUGAAACUGGUGAGGUGAAAGGAGAAAGACGAAUUGGAGCACCAUGGAUUGGCAAUGGUGCUAGCUGUACUUUUGUUAAGAGUUUGAAUUUGGUUUGUGCAGAAAUAUUUAGCAACAGUAUUCAUCUGAUUUCUGUCAGUGAUGAGUCUGCAACUGUGAAAACCUUAUCGUUAACUUCAUUAGGACUAGGAGUUGAAGAUCUGGCUGUUAGUAAACCCAGUUUACAUUCAUUUGGUUCAUUUUCAAACUCUUGGGAUGAACGAUCAGAAUUUCUUUUAAAGCUUUCAAAAACUCAACAACUUGUGUUAAAGUUAAAUAGUGAUAGAAGUCUGAAACUGUUGGCCAAAUUUACUGAACCCUCCCUACUUAGUGCAGCAGAACUUGGCAAUAAAGCUAUUUUGGCAUCAGUAACACCCAUCACAGAAGAAUCAUCAGAGAUUAAAUGCUAUGAUCUAGAUGACUGGAAACUGUUACAAGACAUGUCACAAAAAGUAGCAAUGGUUGACCGUGGUGAAGCAGCAGACGCACUGUUGUACUUGUUCAAUAAAAAAGAGAAUGAACUUGGUUACAGGGUUCUCCUUACCACCACAGACCAUGCAAUAUUACUGAUACAGUUUCCUGGGCGAAUCAUGUGGUCUCGAGAAGAAGCUCUUGCAGAUAUCACAGCUGUAGAGGUGGUUGAGCUACCAUUUUCACCCUCACAAGCGAAUUUUGAGACACUUCAGGAGGAGUUUGGGGCGCAUCCAAAUGGUAGAGCAUUAAAUACAAUUUUAGUGUGAAGGCUUAAUUUAUUGCAUUUAAAAUUUUGAUGUCCAUUAUGACUAAUAAGAGAGCCUGACAUGCCCUUAUAACACCAAUAUUUCACUUAUAAGAACUCUUUCCCCUUCUUGCUUUGUUGAUGAAAAUUGACAGUUUAUAAUAACUAACCAGCUUGGUUCCUCCCCCCCUGAUGCUAGUAUAUGCCCCACUUCUGUUGAAAAAUGUUCUUCCACACCCUUUUUAUUUGGUGAUCCUUUUGCUAAGAAUCAUAAUUUUGUUUUGCAGACGACAUUUUGUCCAUGUUUAUCCGCCGAAUCCGUGCCCAAGUUAAACAGUUCCAAGUUCUUGUAAAGCAAUUCCAAGCCUUUGUCAAAGCGCAACAAGAACAUGGCUUCUUUGCUGAGUCAACAGACAAUGAAGAAGAGCAACUGACAAGAGACCAGUUCAACCUGCGCAAAUUGAUUAUAAUCGUAACAUCUUCAGGAAAAAUCUUUGGUCUCAAUUCUGCAGAUGGAAGCAUCGUCUGGAAAUACUUUUUGCCUGCUCUUGCCCCUUUUUCUCAAAAUGAAAAGAAGUACUCUUUACUCUACACACAGCGAACUGUUGCUCACUUUCCUUUGACUGCACAGUGCAUAGUGCUUGGCAAAUCACGCACAUCUGAAGGAUCACUGAUACAUGUUUUCAACCCAAUUACUGGGAAACCAACUAGUCCUGGACAUCUCAAAGGAAACCAGCUUCCCUACAGGGUGGUACAGUCCAUGCUCCUUCCGCAUACUGGUAUGUAUUCUAGUUCCCUCCCCCACCCCCCUCCCACCCCCAUUUCACUUACUCAAAGUCUGAUGUGGUAAAAUCUGAGGAAUGUGUCUACUCCUGGUGAAUUUAUAAUUUUAUAAGCAACAUCAAGGAAUUGUAAUCUAUUUGUUCUCUUUUCAGAUGCUAAACAUACCAAAAUUCUGCUACUUCUUGACUCUUCUCUGAAUGUCCAUGUGUUUCCACGCACCACAGAUGCAAUUGAGAUUGUGUCUAAAGCAUCCUCAUCAAUCUUCUUCUUCUUGGCUGAUAAAGAGAAGAAUAAUUUGAAAGGAUACAUGCUUCUGUCGGAUACACAGAAAAAUGUCUUUCAUGUGAGAGACAUGUGGAAUGUUAACUUUCCUCAUUCACAGCAGACUAUUUCUAAUAUUGGUAAGUGCAACAAGCUGGAAGAAAUUAGUCAUUGACAGAACAUUAACACUUUCUCUCUUAAGAACAAAGGAAUCUCUCCUUUGAAUGAUCAUUCUGCAUUUUCAAGCAGGAAGGUGAUGUGAAAAACUAAAAGUAGCAACAAGGGGGUUGCAAAUGGUGCAGUGGUGAGAGUAGUGGUUAAACAAAUUCUCCUAACCAAUACCAGAAUAAAUGUAUAGAGAAGAGUAUUAAGAAUAUGCAGACUGAUGUUAGGAUGAAAAGGGUUAAAUCUUACCAAGUGCUCAGCUAAGUUUGCUCACGUCUUGUUAUUAGAAUCCACAGUAAUCCAAUUGCCUCUCAAACAUUAUGAAACAGAUAGGGCACCAAAAUAAGUCUAGUUCCACUGUGUUGAAUAAAAAUAUGCAUGCUUGAGACAAAGUUCAUUAUUUUAUGUUAUGUUAGCCCUUUCACUCCCAAGAUCUUGUUGGUAAUUCUCCUUACUAUCUGCCAUACAAUUCUUAUGAUGUUAGUUUAGAGAAUUUGGUAUUGGAUCAACUAAUAAUCUCAUCAUUGAUAUUUUUUGAAAAAUUCUCAUUGUCUACCUGCUUGAUAUCAUAUUGAUAUUGUGAGGAGAAAUUCUGUCUUGGUCACUUGUGGGAGUGAAAGGGGUAAAUAUAUUUUUUUAAGACUUUUGGGGGAGUAAUAACAGACAUUUAAAACUUGUUUAGAUAGGAAACUUUUGGUAAAACAAAAGGCAUUUUGAAAAGUGUUAAUUAUUAUCGUGUCAUACUCUAUGGUUGUCUGCCUUAUUCCUUGUGCUCUUUUAAAACAUUGUUUUUUUGUAUCAGCAUCAAAGAGUCCUCUGGAACAUGUUCAUUCACAAGGAAAAGUUCUUGGGGACAGAAGAGUGCUUUACAAGUACUUGAAUCCAAAUCUGAUUGCUGUUGGCACUGAAGUUACUCAGCAAUCUAAGCCAGGCAUUUCUAUUUACCUUAUUGAUGCUGUCACAGGUAUUAUAAUGAUAAUAACAAUGACAAUUUACAGUUUCUUGCUUCCCUCGUGUAACAGAGAGUGCAAGUACAUGUGUACCAGAGUAUCUUUAAGCCUUUCACCCCUAAGAAUGACUAGCAUCUAAUUUCUCCCAACAUUAUUACUCCUGAAUCACAUAUUAAGGCCAUGAGAAUAAAUGAAAUGAUCACCAACUAAAAAAGCUCUUGAUUGUUAAACAAAUUCUCCCUGUAAGUGUCUUAGGAAAUGUACAGAAAACAGUAUGGAGAAUAUGAACACCAAUGUUAGGGUGUAAAUGGUUGAAGAGUGCAAGACUGACAUUGCAAUAGUUGAUGGUCACUCAUUGGUCAAGCAUGUGGUAGCUAGUAGGUAUUGGAAAAAUUGUUUGAAACUCUAAAACCGUAGAAAUUUUCCCUUUCACAAAUUACUGCACAGCCUUGACAACAACACUGCUUGUUCCCAGAUUUCUUCCACUUAGAAUCACUCAUAGCAACCCUAGGGUUUUAGAUAAAAAAAAGGCAAUUACUUUUUUUUUCAAGCAAGGACCUACUGGUAGUCACAAUAUAAUUUGUAGAACUAGCUGGUCAUAAGAUAUUUUCUGAAGUAUGUUCACACUACUUAACUUUGUUAAACAAGCUUUAAUACUGAUGAAAAAUUGAACCUAAAAAUGACAUACUUUUGUUGAAGGACUGAUUAUAUUCCAUACGCGUCACAAGAGUGCCAAGGGUCCUAUCCAUAUGGUGCAUUCUGAAAACUGGUUGGUCUACUGUUUAUACAAUACCAAAUCCCGCAGAUAUGAGCUAACUGUGUUGGAGAUGUAUGAUGGAUACACAGAGAGAAACAGGUUAUAAUAGCCAUUUCAUUCCUUGGAUCAAGUUAGUAAUUCUCCCCUCUAGCUGCCACAGUUGUAAAUCAUUCUAGAGAUUUUGGUGUCAGUAUGAGAACACCCUCUAAUUGACAAGUUUCCUAUUCUCUCCUGUUUGCUGGAAAGUGUAUCUUAUUGUUACUUUCGGAAAUACGUUUCGCAAGACUUUAAAAAGAGUAACUAAAUUUCGUGAAAAUUGUCCAAGUACUGUUCUGUUUUAACGAAUACCGGUAGUUAGUCUCAGAACUGUCACAAUUGAUUUUGAUUUUCCAUGAAAAUACUUUCCAAUAACACAGAAAGACACCAUCUGAUAACAAAGCGAAAUUUGAAACUGAAAACAGUUUGACAUGUUCCUUUGUAAAAAAGUAGAGCUGUACAAGAAAACAUGACACCAUGUGUUUGCGUUUACAGCUGAAGGACAUUUGAUAAUAUGCCUGAGGUCAACAUACCUGUAUAGUGGCCGAGGUUUUUUUUUUUCUUUUUGCUUUUAUGGACCUUGACGAAGUCCAACGUAAUUACUUUCGAUACUCAUUUGAAAAUUGCUGCACGUAAAAGCAGAACCCAUCUAAACUAAUUCGUUUUAUUUCAGCACUGCUCUGUCGUCAUUCGAGCCUCCCCCCAUGCCAAUUAUACUCCAGCAGUCAUACAUAUUUCCAACAACAGUACGCACUGCCACUGUCACCAUAACAGAGCGAGGAAUCACUCAUAAAACUCUCCUGUUCGGGUUACAAACUGGAUACAUCUGGAGCCUACCCAAGAACUUUUUGGACCCGCGGAGAAAAUUUUUACCCACCCAACAGGACCGUGAAGAAGGAUUACAUCCUUAUAUUCCAGAGCUGACUGCGAAUCCAUUGGCUUUCAUUAACUACAACCAAACUGGCAAGUAUCUUAUGACGAAAAAAACUUUAAAGCGCUUUCCGUUUGAGGGUCAUAAAUCCAAAACCAAAGUAAUCGAGCAAACGGAAGUAACGGGGAUAGUUAUCCCCCCCCCCCACGGGGAUAAACAAGCAAACAAAGAUAGUUGCUUGCCCAGGGGAAUAAAGGAAGCAAACGGAGAUAAUUGUUCCCCCUACGAAAAUACAUAAGCAAACGGGGAUAGUUGCUCGCCCACGCGGAUAGGGGAAAAAACCCGAAUAGUUGUUCUCCCAAGUAAACAGCCUUCAUUGACAAUCAUUGAAGAGCUAAAACUUCUCUCUUACCAAGUUAGAACCGAAAGCUCCCGAGACGAAAUUUAUUUACAUCUUUACAAAUGUUCUGUUCCUUCUUUAGUUGCCAGUAUCAACGGUGUGUACACGGCCGGGUCGGGCCUUGAAUCUACUUGUCUGGUGUUUGCAUAUGGACUGGACCUUUACUGGACCAGAAUUACACCAUCCCGGAUGUUUGACGUCCUCAAGGAAGAUUUUGACUACUGGUUCAUUCUUGGCACGCUGGGAAUUUUGGUUCUUGUCACCAUUGUGUCUCAGAGACUUGCUUCGAUUAAAAUGCUGCGACAAGCGUGGCAAUGA